AGUCUGCGUGCUGCUGAAUCAGGGAGUCGAGUCCAUGCGAACUGCCAUCUGAUCCACUCUUAUCAAUGAAGCAGCAGAUCAUGGCGGAUGGCCCCAGGUGUAAGAGGCGAAAACAAGCCAAUCCAAGAAGGAAAAACGGGUGUAGGCCAUAGAUCAUGCAGCUGUCAGCAAACAGAUAAUCUUGAUGACUAAAACGAAACCAACAGAAGAAAAAAGGUGCCCAACUUCUAUCUCAAGAAACACUUAGGGAGGACUUGGUUAGUAAAUUACAGCUAAAAGGAUUAGGGAGUAAAAGUAGUGAACUAUGAGAAUGUAGUGGAAACAGGUUCAGAAACAGAUGAGGAGGACAAGCUCCAUAUUGCUGAAGAUGACAGUAUUAUAAAUACGCUGGACCAGGAAACUAGCCCAGCUAGUGUGCCCAACCAUGAGUCUUCCCCACAUGUGAGCCAAGCACUGUUGCCAAGAGAUGAAGAGGAGGAUGAGAUGAGGGAAAGCGGAGUAGAUCACACCUGGCACAACAGUGAGAUCCUGCAAGCCUCUGUAGAUGGUCCAGAAGAAAUGAAGGAGGAAUAUGACACUAUGGGGCCUGAAGCCGCAAUUCAGACCACUGGAAACAAUGGUACAGUUAAGAAUGCAAAUUGCACGUCGGACUUUGAGGAAUAUUUUGCCAAAAGGAAACUGGAGGAAGGAGAUGGGCAUGCAGUCAGCAUAGCAGAGUACCUACAGCGCAGUGACACAGCCAUUAUUUACCCAGAAGCCCCUGAAGAACUGUCUCGCCUUGGCACUCCAGAGGCCAAUGGGCAAGAAGAAAAUGACCUGCCACCUGGAACUCCAGAUGCUUUUGCCCAACUGCUGACCUGCCCCUACUGCGACCGGGGCUACAAGCGUUUGACAUCACUGAAGGAGCACAUCAAGUACCGUCACGAGAAGAAUGAGGAGAACUUUUCUUGCCCUCUGUGUAGCUACACGUUUGCCUACCGCACCCAGCUCGAGCGGCAUAUGGUGACACACAAGCCAGGGACAGAUCAGAAAACUCUCAGUUCCUCUUUCAUAAAAUUCAUAUCAGAAUCUUUUCUCUCCAAGCACCAAAUGCUGACCCAAGGAGCAGGCAAUCGCAAGUUCAAAUGCACUGAGUGUGGCAAGGCCUUCAAAUAUAAACACCAUCUGAAGGAACACCUGCGAAUUCACAGUGGUGAGAAACCAUAUGAGUGUCCAAACUGCAAGAAACGUUUCUCCCAUUCUGGCUCCUACAGUUCGCACAUCAGCAGCAAGAAAUGUAUUGGCUUAAUCUCUGUAAAUGGCAGAAUGAGAAACAAUAUCAAGACGGGUUCUUCUCCUAAUUCUGUAUCUUCCUCUCCUACUAAUUCAGCCAUUACACAGCUGAGAAACAAGCUGGAGAACGGCAAACCACUUAGUAUGUCUGAGCAAACAGGCUUACUGAAAAUUAAAACAGAACCACUAGAUUUCAAUGAAUACAAGGUUCUUAUGGCCACACAUGGGUUUAGUGGAGCUAGUCCUUUUAUGAAUGGUGGACUUGGAGCAACCAGCCCAUUAGGAGUUCAUGCUUCUGCUCAAAGUCCAAUGCAGCACUUAGGUGUAGGGAUGGAAACAUCACUACUUGGGUUUCCUGCAAUAGGCAGUAAUUUAAGUGAGGUGCAGAAGGUCCUACAGAUUGUGGACAACACGGUUUCCAGGCAGAAAAUGGACUGCAAGGCUGAAGAGAUCUCAAAGCUGAAGGGUUAUCACAUGAAGGAUCCAUGCCCUCAAACCGAGGAACAAGGAGUUACUUCCCCUAAUAUUCCACCAGUGGGUCUUCCAGUAGUGAGUCAUAAUGGUGCCACUAAAAGUAUUAUUGACUAUACAUUAGAAAAAGUCAAUGAAGCCAAAGCUUGUCUCCAGAGCUUGACCACAGACUCAAGGAGGCAGCUCAGUAAUAUUAAAAAAGAGAAGCUGCGUACUCUAAUAGAUCUGGUAACUGAAGAUAAGAUGAUAGAGAACCACAAUAUAUCCACUCCAUUUUCAUGCCAGUUCUGUAAAGAAAGCUUUCCUGGUCCCAUUCCCCUGCAUCAGCAUGAGCGUUACCUGUGUAAGAUGAAUGAAGAAAUCAAGGCAGUCCUUCAACCUCAUGAAAACAUGGUACCCAACAAACCUGGAGUGUUUGUUGAUAAGCAAGCCCUCCUGUUGUCAUCAGUACUUUCUGAGAAAGGAAUGACUAGCCCCAUCAAUUCAUACAAGGACCACAUGUCUGUACUUAAAGCAUAUUAUGCUAUGAAUAUGGAACCCAACUCUGAUGAACUACUGAAAAUUUCCAUUGCCGUUGGCCUUCCUCAGGAAUUUGUGAAGGAAUGGUUUGAACAAAGAAAAUUCUACCAGUAUUCAAGUUCCAGGUCACCAUCACUGGAAAGGACCAGUGCCAAGGCGGUGCUGGCUGCCACUAACACUCCCACUAAAGACUCUUUGUCAGCCAGAUCUCCAAUAAAGCCUGUGGACUCUAUAACUU